GUUUUAUCCGUAUUCCCCGAUGAUGUAUGGGCGGGCUGGCUGGGUUAGGUGGCUAGGUACCUAAGGUACCUAGCUGGGCAGCUAGGCGAGCUCCUUACAUAAGGCAUUACAGGGGCACAUCCCACCAUCGGAGCUAGCAAAUCGUGGGCAGCCGUGGGGUCAAGCGAGACGGGGAGGGACGGGCAACUUUUACAAUACACCUACAUUACCUCAAGACUUCCUCCCUACAUACUAUGUAUAACAUAUAACGAAUAACAAAUAACACUCUCUUACUCCUCCAAUUAAAUCCUGACCGCAUUCGUCAAAGGACCAUGACUCAACUAGAUUUCGCGCCGUUAGCCAAUGACCUAAUCCUAAGGACAGCCAGAGGUGAGGAUGUAGAGCGCGCGCCGAUAUGGAUUAUGCGUCAAGCUGGCCGGUAUCUACCCGAAUACCACGAAGCCAAAGGUAAUCGCGACUUUUUCGAAUGCUGUCGCGAUCCCGAAGUCGCUUCGACCCUGACUCUUCAGCCCAUCGAGCGGUUCGCCGGUCUACUAGACGCCUCCAUCAUCUUCUCCGAUAUCCUCGUCGUACCGCAGGCUCUUGGAAUGGUGGUGGAAAUGGUCGACAAGAAGGGACCGCACUUCCCGGAUCCACUCCAAUCGCCUGACGAUGGCCAAUACUCUAAGGUCCUCAACAAAAACGUGGAUGUCGCGGCUGAGCUAGAUUACGUGUAUAAGGCGAUAACUUUGACGAGGAAGAAGCUGAACGGCCGUGUACCGUUAAUUGGGUUCUGCGGUGCUCCCUGGACUCUCUUUUGCUAUAUGGUCGAAGGAGGCGGUACAAAGCUGUUCAUCCAAAGCAAGAAGUGGAUUUACCGAUACCCCGAGGAGUCUAAGGCCUUGCUGCAAAAGAUCUCGGAGGUCUGCGUCGAGUAUCUGGCGCUGCAAGUCAAGGCGGGCGCUCAGCUCAUUCAAGUCUUCGAUUCGUGGGCAGGAGAGCUCUCGCCUUCGACAUUCAAGAAAUUCAGCGAACCCUACCUAGCUUAUAUCUCGCAGAACCUGCCAAAGAGGCUAGCCGAACUGGGCUUGGAACGUGUGCCUAUGAUCGUUUUCCCCAAGGGAGCCAAUUUUGCGUUAGACUCGGUUUGCGAUCUAGGCUACGACGUCGUCGGUCUGGACUGGCAGAUCGACCCCGCCGAAGCCGUCAAGAUCCGGGGAAACCGGCGGAUAGUCUUCCAGGGGAAUGCGGACCCGGGAGUGUUAUACGGGACAAAAGCGUCGAUAACUGAGACGGUAGAAGAAAUGGUUAAAGGGUUUGGAGGUGGCAAGAAGGGUUGGAUUGCGAAUCUCGGCCACGGCAUUACGCCGUUGGUGAACCCGGAGGAUCUUAAGUUCUAUCUACAAGAAAUCCAACGCUUAACUAGUAGGUAACGAAUACCUAUCUUCAAAAUCUACCGCAUUUCCAGCUAGUCUAUCUGGGGUUUUCUAUAAAAUUCUAUCGAUCUGGGAAGCUCGCGUCUAAAUCUAUUCCACUCCUAGUUGAUGUCAGAAUGCUAUCCAGGGCAAGAGUGAAUACCUAAGAUAAACCAGUGAUGUCGACGAAAAUAUUUAACUUACCAUGAGACUGACCACGCAAUCUUUCCACCCAAACUCUUACAAACCCUUUGGCUCUUCGGGUUAUCUGGAGCAACAUCGGCCCAGCAAUGCUCAUCGUCAUCGUACUCCUUCAAGCGCUCGCGCAGGAUCUUAACAGCAGCCGCCUUUGCAAAGCCCCUGCCGCGCCACUCCUCCUCGCAGUGCAAGUUGCUCAGCGAAGAGUCGGGCCCCAGCAAGACCCACGCGAUAGGCGUGCCGUCGCUCUUGUACACGGCCAUGCUAGGCAGCAAUACGAUAGUUCGUCUGU